GAUGCGCCGGCCGGCCGGCCCUCCCUCCCGCACCGUAGCCCUUUUGACCGCCAACCGCUCUGCAGUCCCCUGCGCUCGCACGCAUCCGUCCAUUCGAUCCAUCAGUGAGCUGACAACAAAUCCCACUAGUCCCCGGAGCAGCAGCGAGAAGAAAGGCAAAGCGCUUUCUCUAGCAGCAGAGGGGUCGGAGCCGGAGCCCGCCGCCGCCACGGCCAUGUCCUCCGCCUUGGGCGUCGGCGGGAAGGAGGGGCCCUCGGCCUUCUCCGUGGACCUCGUAGCCGCCGCGCGCCGGCUGCUGGCGUUCCUCCGCGCGGGGCCGCCCGGGGUGGGGCGGCGGUCCGUGCGGAGGUACGAGGAGCUGUGGCUGCCGCUCGCGGUGGCGGAGGGCGGCGAAGGGGGAGGAGGGGGAGGGGAGGCGCCGAUGCUGGUGCCGCCACCCGACGUGCACCUAGUCUGGCUCUGCCACUGCUUCCACCAUGAGAGCUACUCUGUAUACUGCUUAUCAAGGUUCGGACGCCUCAUUGACCGUCCAUCCAUCCUUGACGCAGAGAAUGAAGAGUAUGCCGAAGAGCGUUGCCGGGAUGUCUGGGCUGCGCAUUACCCUUCUGAGCCGUUUGACCUCCACCGUAAUGAGAUUGAUGGGAACAGUGAUGAUGACAUUGCCUAUGCCAAUGCCAACAGUGAAAUUGUGGAAAUGGUGAGACGGUACGCUGGCCUAGCAGCCCACUUCGCCUCACCCUUUGUGCGGGAAGGUGUCUACCAUGUUGCUGCGAGGCGGCGAUAUGUGUGUUUCCUGGACCUCAUGAAGAAGGUUGUGGGUACAACCCAAGAUCAGACACGGCUUGUGCCUAGCCUGGACAUAUUACUGAUGUGGCUUGCUCACCUGAGUUUUCCUGCAAGUUAUGCCACAGACAUGGUAGCAAUGGCCAUCAGUGACAAUAUUGCAAAAAUGGGGGUGGGUUAUGGGGAGGUGGUGACUGAUGAGGUGCUCAAAAGAACACGGGCAUUAUGGGAGGAAGCAUAUGAUGUGCCAUAUGAUAUGGCUGGAUCAGAGGUUGAGAUGGCGGCAGUUAGGGCAGCACGGGAGGCAUUUUACUGGGCACCAGCAGCAUCAGAUGAGGAUGCGAACCGGUUGUACAAAAGUUUGCAACCAAGGUUUCUUAUGGAGGUGUAUGUGUUCUUGAAAGGAGAAAGUGAUAAGGAGCACAUCAACAAGGAGUUCCUACGGUUGCGAACACAGAGGUGUCACAGAUCACUAAAACUGAACAAAUCAAUGGCCAACUUAUCCUGCAAAAACUGGCAGAAAACAUGGCACUUGUACUGUGAAUUUGCAACCCGGGGUCUCCUCAUUGAGGUCAGGCGCACCACAACUGGAUGUUUCAGGAACAGCAAGUUUCUCAAGAACAUCUCAUUUUCAUGGAGUGAUAUGUUGCAUGAGAAAGCACUUGCUCUCACGGAGGAACUUGAAGUCAGGAUGAGAGCAAUGGCAUCAAUUACCCCUCCAGUUCAAGCACCGUACUUAUUGAAGUGUGUUCCUGAUCGAGUCACUGAUGAUGGUGGGGCCAUGAUUUCUGAUGUGAUAUUGCGCAUGAGAAAUUACCGUCCACAAGAAGGACGGUGGCUGACCCGCACUGUGCUUGAUCAUGGUGGGAGAGAAUGUUUUGUCAUCCGAAUGAGAAUAGGCAGAGGGAUUUGGCGGAGAGGUGCUGAAACUCCUGUGGCAGUGAAAUGGGAGGACAGGAGCAUUGAGGUUCGAGAAGGAUCCUGGUCAUACGUUGCAAGUACAAGCUCUAUUGGUUAUGCUCCUGGUAACUUCAAGAAGGUAGUGGGCACAGCAACAGCGACGAAGGAUCAACAAGAAAAUAAGGUGGUUUGGAGCUUAUCAACUGGAUAUAUACUCACGGUAAAUUUGGGUGAUGAGCUCAGCUUUCAGCUUAAAAGUGAGAGCUUAGAAGAAGAGGCAAGGUUGCUUGUGGGGAGGAGAUUGAGCUACAGAGUAAACACAGAUGGAGCAUCAAGCAACCACAAUGAGGAGGAGCAAUACCUCACUCUUGUUCGUAAUUCACCAGAUCAUCAUGGUGACAGAGCAACUGUGCUUCUAAACUGGAAAUUACUUGCUGUGGAGUUCCAACCUGAAGAGGAUGCAGUUUUUGUUCUUCUACUAUGCAUGGUGAUUGCACGGACUAUGACAGAGAUCAGGAGAGAAGAUGUGGCUGGGCUUUUAGUGCGGCGAAGAAUAGGAGAAGCAAGGGUGGGGCAAAGAGACUGGGGUUCGGUGAUGCUUCCUGACUUGCUUUCUCCAGAUCCUAAUUUGCAGCCUUGGUAUCGGAAUGCGGCUCAGGUUUUGAGCUCUGCAGAGACAGGAGCAAUGCUCGCUAAGUAUUCACCUGCUGAUGGAAAGGACGUGUUGUACCGGCAAUCUCUUAUACCCUGAAGAUAAGAUGGUUGCCCAGAGGAUUUGCUUGACCAAAUCUUCCUCAGAAUAUCAGGGGAACUAUUUCAUUUCCUCGCUCAAUCCUUAGCAUUGCAUUUUUGUACAGAACAAAUCCUGUCUUUGACUUAUUGAUUCACUAAUUAUGAUGAUCUUUGAUAUGAAUCUGGUUUGUCAUACAUGGUUUGUAAUUAGAAAUUUCACAUUUGAGUUUAAAAUGGUUUGAUUUC